GACAUGCGCGUUUGAUAUGUGGUAUGCUUGGUAACAACAGCGAAAGAUGGCGGAAAACAAGCUAGUGGAGCUACAAAGGCUCGAGUACUUGUCUAUGGUGUCUAAAGUUUGCACAGAACUCGAUAACCAUUUAGGAUUAAACGACAAAGAUCUAGCUGAGUUUAUCAUCAGUCUGGCUGAAAAACAUCAGACAUUUGAUUGUUUCAAAGCAGCUCUGCUCAAAAAUGGAGCAGACUUCACAGACUCACUUGUCACCAAUUUGCUGCGUCUCAUUCAGACAAUGCACCCAUCAGCUACUCCAUCCACCAGCAAAGCCUCAGAGAACUCGGGAAAUCCAAAAGGCGACGGCGACAAGCGUAGGGAGAUGUUCCCUGGUCUCUGUUUACCAGACAACCCAUCCGCAAGGACUAUGCUUGAUGAUGCCAAGGUGGCUGCAGAUGCUAUGAAGGAGCUGGAGAUGUUCAUGCCCAGUAUUCAAGAAACACCAAGUACAGUCAAGCCCGAAAAUGAAGGUGGAGCCAGAAAGAGGAGUCGCAGUCGAAGCAGAGAGCGGGACCACAGGAGACGCUCCCGCUCCCGCUCCAGGUCCCGGUCUCGCUCACCAAAAGUUGAGCGGAAGAGGGUGCGUAAGUCCCGCUGGGACAUGGACAGCGAUGCCUGGAGGGAGAGGGACAGGCACGUGGACCGGCCGCCCCCAGAGGAGCCAGUGGCUGGAGACAUCUACAACGGCAAAAUCAGCAGCAUCAUGCAGUUUGGUUGCUUUGUGCACUUGGAGGGUCUGAGAAAACGUUUUGAAGGCUUGGUGCAUGUCUCAGAAUUACGCAAAGAAGGAAGAGUGGCCAACGUGGCGGAUGUGGUCAGCAAAGGUCAAAAGGUCAAAGUCAAAGUGUUGUCCUUCACAGGGACCAAAACCAGUCUCAGUAUGAAGGAUGUGGACCAGGAAACUGGUGAGGACCUGAACCCAAACCGCAGGAAGAAUCUUUUAGGAGAGGGCACAGAGGAUGCCAUGAGGAACCCUGACCGACCAGUGGACCUAAACUUGACCCAGGUACCCGAGCUGGAGGAAGACACUAUGGAGCGCAAGAGGCUGACCAAGAUAACUGACCUGGAGAAGUGGGAGAUCAAACAGAUGAUUGCUGCUAAUGUUUUAUCUAAAGAGGACUACCCUGAGUUUGAUGAGGAAACAGGCAUUCUACCAAGAAUAGACGAUGAAGAAGAUGAGAAUUUAGAUGUGGAGCUGGUUGAAGAGGAGCCCCCCUUCCUCAGAGGACGCACUAAAUUCACCAUGAACUUGAGUCCUGUCAAGAUAGUCAAGAACCCGGACGGCUCUCUGUCCCAGGCCGCCAUGAUGCAGAGCGCCCUGUCCAAGGAGCGGAGGGAGGUGAAGCAGCAGGCACGCGAGGCCGAGAUGGACUGUAUCCCUCUGGGUCUCAACAAGCACUGGAUCGACCCUAUGCCUGAUAUGGAGGGCAGGCAGAUCGCCCAGAACAUGAGGGGCAUUGGCAUCAUGCCCGACAUAGACGUGCCGGAGUGGAAGCGCUACGCCUUCGGCGGCAACACGGUCUCGUACGGGAAGAAGACCCAGAUGACCAUCAUCGAGCAGCGAGAGAGCCUGCCCAUCUUCAAGCUAAAGGAACAGCUGCUUCAGGCUAUCCAUGAUAACCAGAUCCUGAUUGUAAUUGGUGAGACGGGCUCAGGGAAGACCACCCAGAUGACCCAGUACCUGGCUGAGGCCGGCUACACCACCAGGGGCAAGAUCGGCUGCACCCAGCCCAGAAGAGUGGCAGCCAUGUCUGUGGCCAAGAGGGUGUCCGAGGAGUACGGUUGCUGUCUGGGACAGGAGGUGGGAUACACCAUGCGUUUUGAGGACUGCACCAGCACUGAGACGGUCAUCAAGUACAUGACCGAUGGUAUGCUGCUCCGAGAGUUCCUCAUCGAUCCUGCGCUCUCACAGUACUGCGUCAUGAUGCUGGACGAGGCCCACGAAAGGAACAUCUACAUCGACAUUCUCUUCGGCCUCCUUAAAAAGACUGUGCAAAAUCGCAAAGACAUGAAACUGAUCGUCACCUCUGCCACGCUGGACGCUGUAAAGUUCUCUCAGUAUUUCUACGAGGCGCCCAUCUUCACCAUUCCCGGCCGCACAUACCCUGUGGAGGUGCUCUACUGCAAAGAGCCUGAGACGGACUACCUGGAUGCCAGUCUGAUCACAGUCAUGCAGAUCCACCUGACUGAACCCCCAGGUGAUGUCCUGGUGUUCCUGACGGGUCAGGAGGAGAUCGACACGGCCUGUGAGAUUCUGUACGAGCGCAUGAAGUCUCUGGGUCCAGAUGUUCCUGAGCUCAUCAUCCUCCCGGUGUACUCGGCUCUGCCCAGCGAGAUGCAGACCAGGAUCUUUGACCCAGCACCCCCUGGCAGCAGAAAGGUGGUUAUUGCCACUAACAUCGCAGAGACAUCCCUCACCAUUGAUGGCAUCUAUUAUGUGGUGGACCCAGGCUUUGUCAAGCAAAACGUCUACAACUCUAAAACUGGCAUUGACCAGCUGGUGGUGACGCCUAUCUCACAGGCCCAGGCUAAGCAGCGUGCAGGCAGAGCUGGUAGAACAGGCCCUGGUAAAUGCUACAGGCUGUACACAGAGAGAGCCUACAGAGACGAGAUGCUGACCACCAACGUGCCCGAGAUCCAGAGAACCAACUUGGCCAGCACUAUGCUGUCACUUAAGGCCAUGGGUAUCAAUGACCUGCUGUCGUUUGACUUCAUGGACGCCCCUCCCAUGGAGACCCUGGUGACUGCGAUGGAGCAGCUCUAUACCCUGGGAGCCUUGGAUGAUGAGGGGCUGCUCACACGUCUUGGCCGCAGGAUGGCGGAGUUCCCCCUGGCCCCCAUGUUGUGUAAGAUGCUUAUCAUGUCAGUGCAUCUGGGCUGCAGCGAGGAGAUGUUGACCAUUGUGUCCAUGCUGUCUGUGCAGAAUGUCUUCUACAGACCAAAGGAUAAGCAAAUGCAAGCAGAUCAGAAGAAAGCCAAGUUUCACCAGCCAGAAGGAGAUCACCUUACUCUGCUGUCAGUCUACAACUCCUGGAAGAACAACAAAUUCUCCAACCCCUGGUGUUUCGAGAACUUCAUCCAGGCCAGAUCGCUGCGCCGCGCACAGGAUAUCCGCAAACAGAUGCUGGGCAUCAUGGACCGACAUAAGUUAGACAUGGUGUCUUGUGGGAAGGCCACUGUUCGUGUGCAGAAAGCCAUCUGCAGUGGUUUCUUCCGUAAUGCUGCCAAGAAAGACCCACAGGAGGGCUACCGGACGCUCAUCGACCAGCAGGUGGUCUACAUCCAUCCUGCCAGCGCCCUCUUCAACAGACAACCAGAGUGGUUGGUGUACCACGAGCUGGUGUUGACCACUAAGGAAUACAUGCGCGAGAUAACAACUAUUGACCCACGCUGGCUGGUGGAGUUCGCGCCGGCUUUCUUCAAAGUGUCCGACCCCACGCGCCUCAGCAAGCAGAAGAAGAUGCAGCGACUGGAGCCACUGUACAACCGCUACGAGGAGCCUAACGCCUGGAGAAUUUCCAGAGCCUUCCGCAGGCGAUAGUCUUGCUUCUCAUGAUGCACCACACUACAGUCACCACAGCCGUUGUUGUCUUGUCACGGCGAAGGCAGGCCUGGCACUUACUUGUAUCUCUUCAGACAUUUCCUCGGAGGCAGUGCUGUGCCCAGUGUGAAUAUAACAGGACACUUUUCCAACAUUGCUUUACAUCCCAAACCAGCGUUUUCAUUUUGCCUUUACAGUUAUUCACACAUAUGAACUUCAAACACCAUUGCAAAUUAAAAAAUGUUAUUAUUUUGUGGA